CUGUAAAAACUUAACAUGUCAGAUGAGCAGCAACAGCAAUCACAGCAGCGACAGCAGCAGUUGCAAUUACAACAACAAAAUCAAAAAAAUUCCAAGGAUAUGAGCACAAGCCAUUCUGCAUGUAAAACGAAUAUCAAUGAUCUUCGUAAUCAGGAUUAUGUAAGCCGUCUAAUGGCUGCUACACCACCGUAUUUGUACUCUGCUCCAAUAGGUCCAAAUAAUUAUUUCUUCAGUGAUAUGUUGCGCACAUUGGUUCAGGCACGCAAUAAUGAAAAUGCUCGUAACUUGCAAAUGCAGCAAUCUGUGCUAUCUCGUCGACCACGGAAACGUUCGUGGUCACAGCACAGAUUACCAUAUUAUGAGCAAUUACGUGACCGUAAAGAAACUGAAGAAAAGCAUAACAAUUUAAAAAGUCAUGGUGCUAGAGUUAAUUCAGAGAAGCCGUUAGAACUGACUAAUAAGUCAUAUUUUCAAUUACAAAAUAAGUGUUGGAAGCUUGAUGAAACCGUAAAAGAUGUAGAUGUUAAGCUUCCAAUCACAACAUCUUCCAGUGAGACACUAGAACUGGAAGAAAACGGUUCUAACCCUACAACUGAAAGUGCGAAUAGUGGUAGUAAUGCCAUAGAUAAUGUACCGUCGGCUGCUUCACUACCACCACAAGAUUUAGUUUUACCACCUCCACCUCCAGUUUGGUAUCCACCUUUGUACUCACCCUACGGCAUAGAUCCAUUACAUUUCUUUAUUGACUUACGUGUUUCUGGUCAUAUAUAUGAUCGAAAGAAAGAAAAUGUUUCACCUCUCACAAGUACAGAGAACAGCAGUCCUAAUAACGAGAAUGGAGUGGAAUCGAAUGUGGUAGCAUUACCGAAUAAACAACGGCAUGGUUCUGCAUUUACUGUUCCCGUUCCACGUUCCAACGAUAUAAAAUCUACAGUUCUUCCUUCCGAUGCUAUUAACUUAGUGACCACUUCGAAUGUGGCCAAUAAAUUUGAAAAUUAUGUGAAAUACUAUGACUUAGGUGAAACUAAAGAAAAUCAUCCAGUCACAAAAAGCAGUACCAGUUACAUGCUACAGCAUUUGCCUCGAUUAUAUCAAUUUGCAGCGCGCGAUCUUAUUGCUGCUGAACAGAACACAGGCUGUACAUUUGAUAUUGACAAUAAGUCAGAUGCUGAUUGCGAUGCUGAUUCUGAUGGACGCAAUUCUGUCGAGAAUUGUAAUGAAAAUGUCAACAAUAGAGAACGAGAUAUUGAUGUUGAAAUAAUUGACACCAUCAAAUAUCGCACUGACGUCAAUAGUAGCCGAUGUACAAGUCCGGAUGGGUCCACCGUUGCACAAAUUGAUUAAAUUCAUGUAAUUAUAUUUAUAUUAUUUUAAUUUAUAA